AUGACUUCAAGAAUAGUAGGGCUAGGGCUACUAAUAUGGGAUAUGAUGCAUGUGAAGAUGAAUUUAGAUCUUAAUUGGCGUGCGGUAUUGGUCAAAUCUGGUUGCCUUAUGGUCAUUAUCAGAAUAAGCAGAAGACAGAGAGAAGAGUUGGUCACAAAGAGACCAGGAGUACCAUAUAGUGAUCGGAGACUCUUCAAUAAAACAACAAAUGCCGGAUCAGAGCCCAAAUGCACUUGUUGUAUAAGGUGCACUCGAAACCGUGGCACCAGAAGUAGAAGGAGGAGGUCCAGGAAACCUACAAAAGAGAGAACCUCAAGAAGUUCCAGCACCAGAGAGGGCGGCUCGAGGAGGUCCAGAAAACCUACAAAAAAGGGCGGCCGAAAGCGAGAAAGGUCUUCGAGCACGACCGGCUCCGUUAAGUCUACCAAAGAACCUAAGAAAGCCGACAAGUGUGUAAAGCUAGAACACACGUCAAGAUCUCCUGAUCCUCCAGAUUCCCAAGAUAAAGACAGUGAUCGGAGACUCUUCAAUAAAACAACAAAUGCCGGAUCAGAGCCCAAAUGCACUUGUUGUAUAAGGUGCACUCGAAACCGUGGCACCAGAAGUAGAAGGAGGAGGUCCAGGAAACCUACAAAAGAGAGAACCUCAAGAAGUUCCAGCACCAGAGAGGGCGGCUCGAGGAGGUCCAGAAAACCUACAAAAAAGGGCGGCCGAAAGCGAGAAAGGUCUUCGAGCACGACCGGCUCCGUUAAGUCUACCAAAGAACCUAAGAAAGCCGACAAGUGUGUAAAGCUAGAACACACGUCAAGAUCUCCUGAUCCUCCAGAUUCCCAAGAUAAAGACAGUGCGUCAUUACUUUGA